ACGGACAGGACACCUUUGUUAACUUAAUGCUGCGUUUGCAACGCGCUCUAGCAUAGCGGCUGUGAACUAAAUUUAUUUAAGCGGCGCUGUCUCUCGGGUCGGGCUUGUCGUGUGAUUUUAGUGCGUGAAUAAUAAGUUUUUGAAAAAGACUAUUAUAGAAAUUUGUAGAAAUGGCGACAGAGGUAACGAAUAAUGCACCAGUUAUAACUGAAAAAGAGAAAGAACUGAAAGAAGAUGCCGCCGUAGAUAAUGGUCAAACUAAAGAAGAGGCGCCGGCUGCGGCAGAGAAAGUAGAAGAAAAGGCCGAAGAGAAAAAACCUGAACCGGCACCACCAAAACCUACAGUGCAUAAAGUUAAUUUCGAAAAAGAUAUCGUAUACUUGUAUCAGUUUUCGCGAACACCGCUGUUGCCGUCGACUUCCCCGUACUGCUUGAAGGUAGAAACAUGGCUGCGUUUGGCUGGUGUAAAGUACGAGAACGUCGAUCACAAGGCGAAGUUCCGUUCCAAAAAGGGGCAACUGCCGUUCGUGGAGUUGAAUGGUGAAGAGAUUGCCGACAGCACUUUCAUCAUCAAAGAUCUUUCUGAGAAGUUCCACAAGGAUCUCGAUGCGGCGCUGACGCCGGAGCAGCGGGUGCUGUCGCACGCCAUGAUCUCCAUGAUCGAGAACCACCUCUCGUGGGUGCUGCUGUGGUGGCGCGCCAAGUACCCCGACAGCGUCAUCAAGGGCUACCAGAUCAACCUGCAGAACGCGCUCAACACCCGUCUGCCGAACCCCAUCCUUAACUUCUGCUACAAGCUCACGUCUGGUCGCAAGGGCAUGAAGAAGGCGAAGGCCCACGGCAUCGGCGUCCACAGCCAGGAGGAGAUCAUCGAAUUUGGCAAGAACGACCUGCGCGUGCUGUCCGACCUGCUCUCCGACAGGCCCUUCUUCUUCGGCGACGAACCCACCCUGCUGGACGUGGUCGCGUUCUCCAACCUCGCUCAACUGAACUUCAUCGACAAGGAGGUGGCCCACCCGCUGCGCGACGCCAUGAACGACAGCUUCCCGAACCUCGUGGGGCUCGUGUCGCGCAUCAAGGAGCGCGCCUUCCACGACUGGGACGACAUCUGCACCACGCUCGACCUCAACGCGCACCUGCCCAAGCCCGUCAAGGACACCAAGGAGACCAAGGAGGGCACCGGCCCUGCUGAGAAACAGCCGCUCCCAGAUGAACCUGAAAAGGGCAAGGGCGACGAGAAGGAGAAGGAGGGCGGGGAGGGCCAGGAGAAGGAGAAGGAGCCUGAGGACAAGUAGGCGGCGGCGCACUAGAGCCAGGCUCGGCAGGCUCGGCAGACAUCCUGUACAUUGUAAGCGUGUAAAUCCAUUUGUCUUUCCCGUUUUUUCGUUCACGAGGACGCCCGUGCGCCAAUCGGUAUAGUGUGCUUUUAAUGUUUCAUUCACAUGUGUUCGCUCGAUGUCGUCUCGUCUAGGUAAUCUCGAACAUAAACCUCUCCUGUCCGUUUCGAAUGCUCUUUUUAUUGUGACUGACAUCUUUUGUAAUUAUUAUUAAAUUGUAUUUCUAUUAGUUUCAUACGUCGAUAGGAAAUUGGCUAAUGUAAGCUCUAAGAUAUAUUAUUGUUUAGGUACUUACAGGAUUAGAUAAUCUUUUUAUUCAGAUAAAUUAUCUAUUUAAUAAGGGAUACGUACGUAAAUAAUAUUAAUACUCAUACAUGAUGAAAUGUUUUAUAAGUAUCCGUGAGCGGUAAGUACUCGAUCUGUAGUAGAGUAGGUUACUGAGCAGGCCAGGCCGUCGCCCGCGCCCGGCUCUCGUCUCGUAGUGUCCGUCUAGUUUAGCACAAACUAUUCCACUAUUGUUCGCCGUCACCGAACUCAUCGACACAUCUAUUUCGUUCUCAUCUCAUUCCUUAUGAAUUUUAAAUAAGCUACAAUGUUUAGUCUAGAAAAUUAAUAUUGAUACCAAAAAUUGGCUGAUGUUUAGUAGUUAAUUGGGUAGUAUUAUCAAAUUAUAAAUUUCGGCUCGUCGAUUAGAAAUGAGCUGGUAAAUAAUUAGACUGUUUUGAGAUUCUUGUACUUUAUCAGUUUUUACAACUAAAAAUUUACAAUUUACAAAUUUUUGAUAAACGAAAAAGCCUGGAAGACUGUUUUUCAUGUUAUUAUGUAAUUCAUAGUCCAUAAAGUUUUUGAUAUUGUAUUAAUUGUUAAGAUUAAGAACGAAUAUGUACUCAAAUUUUAAUAUCUACGAAUUAGAAUCCCUUGUUUGAUAAGAAUAAUUUGUUACGCGUACGAGUCGGCCGUGUAAGAGUGAGGCACAGGCGCGAGGCCGGCUCCUGUCCACAUUCCACCGCAUUCGCUCACGCGCACCGCGGGUGCCGAUGCCGUGCCGACUCUCGGGCGCACCACUAGCUCCUGUCUCCUCAAAUGGCCGGUUUGUUUUCGCACAUUACUUAGGUACUUAUUUCCAAGUUUUCCUUAUUGUAGUAAUCACUGAAACAGGCUUAAGAUCAUGUUUUUUGUCGCAUCCAAAACAUUCUAGCCCGAUGAUUCGCCUUGCAAGUUAUUGGAUACUUAGCAUGUUUUUAUACAUCUAAGUGCAAACAAACACCAGGCUGAUAGUAGUAGUGGAAGCUUGUGGGUUUACAGCCGUAGUAGGAUGUUACAAUAUUGAUUUAAAAAAUGUAAACUUUUACUAACAUUGAAAUGAUUCUUUACAUUCGGCUUGUCCCCGUAGUCCCCGUACAACAUUACUCACAUAAGUAUAAUAAUAAAUGAUACUUGUAAGUCUCUAGUAGGUCUGAAGAUAUUGCAUAUAUCACUUAUAGAUAAAGAUAGGAUUAAGCAUAACCAAAUACGGUUUACGGUAGACUAGGAGGGAAGGAGUUGAUGAAGAUGAAAAUAUUCGUCGGGUCACUCGUGGAUUCGAUAAUAGUUAACUCUGUAUACAAUAAGGUCAAGACUUUAUUUGACGUAAUUUUUGAUUUGAGAAUUUUUGGGGAAUGGUUGACUACGUCCCUCCCGACAACUGCUGACCAUCACUGCCAUUAGUCUCACAAUAAAUAUAAGGUUUAAUAUAGGAAGAAUUAAUGGAUUAAGAAACGAUUGUUAUUCAUAAGCUAUGUACUAGUUUGAAGAAGUUUUUUUAAUCAAACGAAUCCUGAAUGAACUAUCAAACACAAAUAAUAUCAAAACAGUUAAAUAAUAAUGUAGAGAUUGGGCUUGUGUAAACGAGUCAGUAGCAGAGCCUGUUUCAGUGUGACACGAACUGGAAAGAGGUACGCAUGAGGCUGCCACUUGCUCACCACGGCACAUGCACAGCCUGCGAAUGCCACCAUCGCGCGUGCGACAUGGGGCGAGGCUAGCGAGGCCGCUGUCUUUAUAGGGUAACCGUCGCGACACUUGCGUGCGAGCUGUCUAUUUUAAAUAUAAUAAAACAUUUUGGGUUUUUCUUACUAAUCGCCACCUAGUUGUCCGUGGUAAUUACUGAGAUUUAACUAGAGGUCAUUUUAAUUACCACAGAUAUUAACUUUGUGGUAAGUAGUGGAAAUAACCAGAGAUUUUACCCAACAUCAUUCGAAUGUAUUUGACCUGAAUCUAGGUAGUUUUAGGUGUCAGGAAGCAACUAUGAAUGAAUUAGAGAACUGUAAACGGAAGAUUAUGGUCGUUCUCGAAGUAGGUACCUAUAAUAAUGUAAUGAUAAUUUUAAUGAACAUGAGAUACUUUUAUUUGUGUUGUUGUAAGUUAGUACUAUUAUUACAAAGUAAUUAUAAUUACCAUACAAUAGUGAUAAGAUUUUCAAGUAUGUUCAUAUUAUUAUAGCAUGUAGCAGACAAUUUUGAACAAUGAGUUGUAAUAUUCAUAUAGUUGUUUUUAAUUCAUAUAAUCAUUCUUAAUUCACUUAGUAAUUGUGGUUUUCAAUUAUUGUGUCAAUAUUCUAAUAUUAAGUCAUAUUCAGCUAGAUUAUAAUGGUUCGCCAUAAAUGUGCCGACUAAGUAAUACACAACUGAGCUUUCAGUGGACACAAUGUUCUCAUUAGGAUUUCAGUGUUAUAUAUUCUGUCGCCAUUAAAGUAUAUAUCUACCAAA